AGAAUUAUGAAAUAAAAUGCAGUGUGCGGGUGAGAGCGAUGGUCGAAAAUGGGGCCAGUCUCCGGUCGACAUCAGCGAGGAUUCAGCGAUCCCAAUUAAAUUUCCUGCUCUCCUCAUGAGCGGUCACUGGAGUCAAGAUGGCGACGCAAAAAUGCGAAAUACCGGCAGCACCGUUCGAAUAACCCUGGAAGGGAAGAAGAGUCCAGUUACUAUUCGUGGCGGACCACUGUCAAAUGACGUGUACGAGUUGACAGAAGUGGUGUUUCGAUGGGGCUCUUCGAACUGCAAGGGUGCGGAACAUACCCUAAAUGGCACUUGGUUCACAAUGGAAGCCCAAGCGAUACACUUCAACAAGAGAUACGAGACGAUUGACAAUUGCUGGAACAAGGAAGAUGGACUAGCUAUUUGCUCGUACUUUCUGCAAGCUUAUCAAAUGCCAGUCUGGGACGAACAUCCAUUAUUUUCGAGAAUCACGGACAGUUUGUACAACGUCAUUCAAGCCGAAUCGGUCACAAAAUUACCAGCGAAUUGUUUGGGAUGGAUGAGACAAGCUUGUCAAACUCCGGGUUAUUAUAAUUAUUUAGGAUCGACCACGACCUUUCCGUUUCACGAGUGCGUCAGUUGGAUCGUUUUUCCGGAACCAGUGCGAAUUUCCGAAAACCAGGCGAAAUUGUUUCGAAUGCUGUGCAAUAAACAGGGCAUAUGUAUAAAAGAAAAUUAUCGGGAAGUACAGAAAUUAAAUGGUCGUGUUGUUUAUUACGUCAGCUAA